AUGAAAGAAAGCAAUCUUGGCUUUGCAGGCCAGAUCUCUCAACUUGGAGCACAGAACAUUGGAAACUUGGUGUGGGCAUUCACCAAAGUCUUGGUUGAUGACCCGCCGCCCAUGACCGCGACUUCGGCUGCAGCUGCUGCGAAGAUCACUGCUUGUGGGCAUCAGGAGCUGGGCAACAUUGCCUGGUCAUUUGCACGGGAGCCUAGCAACGGAGCCGAAGUCUUAGCGUCCAUCUCCAGGGCAACAGCCUCCAGUGCUCUGGCGACAAUUGCCGAGUGGGACCCGCAGGCCAUCGCUAACUUAGUGCAGACCAACGCCACUGCCAGCACCUCGAGCGAGCCUCCAAUGACGGCUGCCUCCUUGCAGGGGGUGCAGAUCAUCACCGAGUUUACCACUCAGAACCUUUCCAAUACCUUGCAAGCCUAUGCCACGCUGAAGGUUGAGUACACUUCUGCUGGUACAUCAGAGGGUGCAGGCGAUGUGGACACGCCUCAAAUGUCUGUGGAAGAUGUCUGCAAGGCCCUUGUCGAUGAGGGCUUCAAGUGUGAGGAGGUUGUCCCGGAUGCCAACGCUCUGAGGGGCUCUUGCUGGAAACAAGAAACGGGCGCUUCCUCACCUGCCACGUUGAAGAAGAAGGCUACAGCGUCCGCGAGGCAAUGUCCUCGAGACCAGCCCAGCCCAUAA